CUCAAUAAAGAUACAGACGGCUAGAGCAAGAAAUGUAUGUGGUAACCGGAAAAGUUGCACUAAUUACUGGGGGUGCUCGUGGAAUCGGUGCCGCAAUAGCAAGAGAGCUUCUAAAGGCUGGACUGAAGGGGGUUGUCAUUAUUGAUAUCAACGAAGAAGAGGGGUUACACUUGGUGGACGAAUUUAACAACGAAUUUGGCCAAGGAAAGGCUUUAUUUUUGAAAACGGAUGUGUCGCUUCGCCAAGAGCUUGAUGACGCAUUAAGACGAACAGUGGAAGUGUACUACAAUUUGGAUAUUGUUAUAAACAACGCCGUCGUAAGUGGCGAAAGGGACUGGGAACGAAACAUUGCCGUGAAUUUGAUCGGUACGAUUAAUGGUGCAGUUUUGGCACACGAGAAAUAUUUAGAAAAGUAUAGAAGUGGCGAAGAAGCCGUAAUCAUUAACAUUUCGUCCGUAGCUGGGUUAUACCCUUGUGCUCCGUUCCCCAUCUACGCGACGGCGAAGUCUGGAAUAAUUGGCCUGACGCGCACAUUGGGGUGUACUCCCCAUUAUACUCGAACUAAAAUUAAAGUAAUCGCGGUUUGCCCUGGUGCCACCGACACGCUUUCUGUUAGUCCCAUUAACUUUUUAGGGCCGGCUUAUUUUGAUUUAUACGACGAUCUUCGGAAAUGUACUCCACCACCUCAAAGAGUUUCUUCAGUUUCUAAAGCCGUACUGCAAAUCAUUGAGGGGGGCGAAAGCGGAUCUGUAUGGGUUGUUGCACAAAAUAAGGAACCUUCGGUGGUUAAGUUUUUAGAUAGUGAAUGACAAAAAUUUAUUCCAAAAUGUGGAUGCUUUACGAUCCACAAAUCGAUGGUUAUUGCAACAGGCCUACGAUAUUUAAAAGGUUAUCACAAAUUUAAUCGGAUAAUCGAGUCAGUCUACUCGCUAUGGCAACAAACGUCCUCAUGUAAAUAAAAUUCGACAAAAUUAUGCAAUAAAUUUUUUGUUAAUUUA